CCCUCGCGCACGGGAAGAGCGCGCGCCUAGGACGCGGCAGCAUUAAACGGUUGCGGGCGCAGCGGGCUGGCAGUCCUUCCCUCUAGGUCCUCGCUGCGACUUCUGCAUCGCGAACCGAGGGACCUUAGCGGCUAGACCUCGCUCCUGUCACAGUCUCUAGCAUCUAGUCGUCGCGACUCCGCCACGAUGUUCGAGGCUCGUCUGGUCCAGGGCUCCAUCCUGAAGAAGGUAUUGGAGGCUCUCAAAGACCUCAUCAAUGAGGCCUGCUGGGACAUCAGCUCGGGCGGCGUGAACCUGCAGAGCAUGGACUCGUCGCACGUCUCCUUGGUGCAGCUCACUCUGCGUUCGGAAGGCUUCGACACAUACCGCUGCGACCGCAACCUGGCCAUGGGCGUGAACCUCACCAGCAUGUCCAAAAUACUAAAAUGUGCUGGUAACGAAGACAUCAUUACAUUAAGAGCUGAAGAUAAUGCUGAUACCUUAGCGCUAGUAUUUGAAGCACCAAAUCAAGAGAAAGUUUCAGACUAUGAAAUGAAGUUAAUGGACUUAGAUGUUGAACAACUUGGAAUCCCUGAACAGGAGUACAGCUGUGUAGUAAAGAUGCCUUCUGGUGAAUUUGCACGCAUAUGCCGAGACCUUAGCCAUAUUGGAGAUGCUGUUGUAAUAUCCUGUGCAAAGGAUGGGGUGAAGUUUUCUGCAAGUGGAGAGCUUGGAAAUGGAAACAUUAAGUUGUCACAAACAAGUAAUGUUGAUAAAGAGGAGGAAGCUGUAGCCAUAGAGAUGAAUGAGCCAGUUCAGCUAACUUUUGCACUGAGGUACCUGAACUUUUUCACAAAAGCCACUCCACUAUCUCCUACAGUAACACUCAGUAUGUCUGCAGAUGUACCCCUUGUUGUAGAGUAUAAAAUUUCUGACAUGGGACACUUAAAGUAUUAUUUGGCUCCUAAGAUUGAAGAUGAAGAAGGCUCUUAGGCAUUGCUAGAAUCUGAGAAAGCGACGUCUUUGAGAACAUCUUCCAAGAUGCCAGCCUGUUCUGAAGUCUCUCCUGUCGCCGACUUUGUACCUGAGUACAUAUGUAGAUAUCUUCUGUAAAUAACCUACUUCUCCUCUCUAUUCUCCACCAUUUGUCUAAAGAAUAAACUCCAAAGUAAAAACGUUCUUUUAACAUAAAUAUUUCUGCUUUAGAAAUACUGGUGAUUUUUAUAAAGGAUUUUGGCACUAAAUGCAGCUUCAAGAAAUGUUUUUCAAUUUAAAUAAAGUUAACUGAAUUUCAGAA